GCUUUUUUUUUUUUUUAUAACUUGUAUUGGUUUACUUUAUACAUGCUGCACUUUUAAGCAUUUCGUUUUGAUUUGAAAUGCUCCCUUUUUGUAGAAGGGUGGCUGUGAUUAGUCAGGAAGUAGGUGGACGAGCGAUGGCUAGCCCUGUAUAAUGAGCGUGCGCGUGACAAGAGUAUCGCGAUUGUUGGCUGUCGCCCUAUGACAGUAGUGAUCCCGCCUCUGCUAACCUGUGGCUGGUGCCGGGGUCUGUCUGUGCCACCGGACUCGCCAUCUGCGCCGAACGGGUUAACCCCCUCCGCCAGAUCUAAACUCUAAUAAAGUGGCUGACUUCCUCUGGUAAUUACAGGCUGCCGGAAGAUUGGAGGAUCGGUGACCCGGAGGAACCGGGGAGGCCAGGGGGUUCCGUCCAGCAUCCUAUCCGGACCGAUAAUGGAGGGGAUUUAAAGAGAGAAGAGAAUGGCACAAGCGGCACUGAAGAGGCUCGGCAGUCAGUGCCUGUGAUUAGGAUCUGGGGCUUCCUGCUUUCACUCUGUGCAUCUGCUGAGAUCCGUACACCCGGCCGGAGAAAGGAGAGGAAUCCGGGUUCUAUCGGUGGAGGGGGUGUCCUUACUUCCCUCCUUCUCUCCCUCCUUCACAGCAGCACCACAACAUGAGGGAUCUGUGACCCCCUCCUUCUCCUCCUUCACCAGGAUGCUGCUGCCUUUAAAGGUUCUUGGGCAGUGUCUCAGCCAUGCAAAUGGGAAAUAAUGUGGCAUUUUAAUGGCAGGGAAAAGUUGCAACACAAGUGGUUGCUGAGCAGAAUUGCAUUUGUGUGCAGGAAAUAUUAUUAAGUAAACAGUAGCCUGUAUUGCUGGGAGGCAUCUGUGGGAAAGUGUACAAUUCCUUACCGGAUUAUUCUCUAUUUAUACAUGGAUAUUACAGUAAAUAUUUCCUUCAUGUAAGUAGCCAUUGCCUCCCGUUUUCAGUAUCGGUUGUGCUUAGUAAUUGGAUUUGUGGAUUCAAGGUCACUCGUUGAAAUUUCCCUGUGGAUUUAUAAUUAGCUUAUUUGUUAUCGAAAGGAGAUGGAUGUCAAAAUAAAGCAGCAGAGCAGGAGAUCCAGGUCUCAGAGGGACAGGGUGAGGAGAAGAGACCCAUCUGUCAGGGAUCCCCGAAACCAGAGCCCCUCCUCUGGCUCCGAAGCUGAGAGGGGCCUGGGAAAGGAGAAUUCAAAUCAGAAUGGUAAAAAUCCAGCUGCUUCGGCCAGAAAUGCCAGACCGCCCAGACGUAAACGGAGAGAAUCCAGUUCUCAGGAGGAGGAUAUAAUUGAUGGUUUUGCGAUUGCCAGCUUCAAUACCCUAGAAGCCUUAGAGAAAGACCAGGCCUUGAAACCACCUGAACGAAAAGAGAAAUGGGAAGGAAAUCCCGCUAAAAAACCCAGAGAGUCGGGGAAAUACAUUUGUGCAGAGCCAAGUGAGAAUGGGCACAACCAUGAUGUGGGUAGCUCCGAGAGGGAGAUGGAGAGAGGAAAAGAGCGGGACAAGAAGAAAUUCCCUCUGAAGGCGUUCAAUCAGGUUAAAACAUCCAGGAACAGAAACGGCAGAAGCAAUGACGAUAGUACUAUCAAAGAAGCCAUGAGUUCUCAGCGCGGCAGCUCUCACGAUUGUCUCAGUGAUAGCUCAGCUCAGUCACUUUCUGGACGCGGCUACUCAUGUGAUAGUGAAAGCGAUAUCGACGAUAAGUGCUCCAAUGUUGGCUCUGAGAUCCUCUUCUCUCCAGCUGCAUCCACAGGUGCACUUUUGAAUGACAAAGCAGAGUCCCAAACGACUUGUCUACCUAAAGUAUCUGGGCUGGAGCGCAGCCGAGAACUGAACACUGAGGUUCCAUAUAUUCCUCCUGUGCAUAGUCCGCAACCUCCUCCUGCUGCUAUUGUCACUUCUGCCUCAUCCACGCCAGCCUCUAGUACCCGAGCAAGCCCUCUAGUAAAGAAAGAGUCAACUCUUGUUGCUCCUGCUCCACCACGACUUACGCCACAACCCCAACCUCGUCCACAGUCUCGACCUUUGUCUCAGCCUCAGUUAUUACCACCUGAACUCCGAACUCCGAAUCAUAUUCCUUCACACCUCGGUUAUCCUGUUCAUCAGCAGCUCAACUGUAUCAGCCGGAGCAGUAGUGCUAGCAGUGCAGCAAGUAUCAGCCUCCCCAAGCACAUUCAGUCUUCCCCCCAGAUACCUUCUCAUCACCCUGCUGGACCGGGUCUGCCGCUCUCCAUACCUAAUCUUGCUACCUCGCACUUUGCUAUCAGAUCUCAAAACCAGCACCAUCCGGCCAUGUUUGCUACCCCUCCUUCACUGCCACCACCACCAUCUUUACCAACUAAUGGCCUUGUAAUUCCUGGCCACCCUGCUGGAGCUGGAUAUUCGGAUCAUGAACUACUCAGGCAGGAGCUGAAUAAUCGCUUUCUGGUUCAGACCUCGGACCGGGCCGGUGCCCCCCUCAGCUCUGUGCCACUACUGAGGGCAGAAUUUCACCAGCACCAACACACGCACCAACACACGCACCAGCACACAUUUACCCCCUUCACAUCCAGCUUGCCCCCGACGCAGCUCAUGCCGCCAAAUGCACCCAGCAUGGUGCGUACCCCAGCUCGAAAUUUUGACAAGUACGCUCCCAAGUUAGACAACCCAUAUUUUCGUCAUACCAGCUUCUUUCCAUCAUAUUCUUCUCCAAUGCCUGGAAUGCCCACAAUGCUUCCACAUUCAGGACCCUUUAGUUCUCUUCAGGGAGCUUUUCAGCCUAAGCAGACCUCAAACACCAUUGAUGUCACAAGUAGACCUGGAGCAGUGCAUCCGACACUCCUACAGAAGAACCCUGGGGUAACAGACCCAUACAGGACAUCUGUAAGAAAACCAGGCAAGUGGUGUGCAGUACAUGUCCAGAUAGCGUGGCAAAUCUACCACCAUCAACAGAAAAUGAAGCAGAUGCAGAUGGAUCCCCAUAAGCUGGACAUUUGUGGCAAGCUUGAUUUGUUCAGCAGACCACCUGCCCCUGGGGUGUUUCCAGGGUUUCCUUAUCCUCAUGAUUUAACAAGACCUUUGUUUUCCAGCACUGGUCCAGCACACCCUGGAGCCGCAGGAUUUGGGCCUUCACCACAUCACAGCAGUUUUCUACCCCCAAGUCACCUGGCUGGUAAGUAUCCAUUUAGCAGGUCAAGCAGCUUCAGCGGCCUUGGGAACUUAGGCAGCAAUGCCUUUGGAGGAUUAGCCAGUCAUGCUCUAACUCACAACAGCUUAUUCACUCACAAAGAAAGUCCAACUCUCCAGGGCUUCACCAGCCCCCAUGAACCAUGGAACCGGCUACAUCGGACUCCACCAUCGUUUCCAACACCACCCCAGUGGUCUAAGGUUGGAGAGACGGAGCGGAGCUCGUCUGUGAACAGCCAUGAGAGAGACAGGGAAGACAAGAGGGAAAUAUCUCUAACAAAGGAUGAAAGAGACAAAGAAAGGGACAUCUUGGAUAAGAGCAGACAUCAUUCUAAUAGAUCUUCUCCAGCAUCUGCCCCAGUCAGCCACCAAAUAAGUAACCUCAUCCGCAGCAAUAGCCAGACACCCAGUGAUUCCCUGAGACAAGGCCCUCUAGGGGACAGAUCCAAAGAUAUUGAUAGAGAUAGUAUAGAUCGGCUACGAGAAGUUCCAUCCACAGAGCACAAGGUCAAGGAGAGUCGUUCACCUGUAAAGGAACCCUCAAUUCAUGACAAAAGGACGAUUGAAGAUGGCAGCAAACCAGUCAUACAGUCAGUAUCACCAUAUGGUAAACCAGUCCUAAGUGAAAGCUUAAAACUAAGCAGCUUGGGCAAGGACACUGAACGGAAGCCUGAGCUGCAAGCAGAUCUCCAGAAAAUAAAAAGUGAUGUCAAGGUGAAGGAGGAACGCAAGGAGGAUUCAGAUGUGUUAGUAGUAGGCUCAGAACCUCCACAUCCUGUGAGGACAAUAGAACAUCAGCCUCCUCACCCUCCAACUUCCAUCCAUGGUUUAUCUUUGCACCAUUCAAUGGCAGCCUCUAUGUCUAUCCCAAUGGGUAGUGUCCACCAAAUGAACAACUUGAAUAUGCUAGAACGCAGUAGGGUAAUGACCCCACUUAUGGGUAUGAGUCCCCUUCCUGGCCGAGAGAGGCUUCAACAUGCAGGUUUUGCCUGGGACCCUGUGAGAGAUCCAUUACGUGAUGCUUACCGCACUCUGGACUUGCAGCGGAGAAUGGACUUUCACUUACGUGCUGACAGCAUGCACAGAUACCCAGCAGCUGCUGCCGCCAGCUUCUAUGACCAUGAAAGAUCAUAUCGUGAUCGUGAGCCUCAUGAUUACAGUCAUGAACAGCUCUUGGAGGCAAGGAGAGAACAAGAACGGUUGCGUCAUGCAGAUGAGCGAGAGCGGAUGCACCUAAGGGAAGAGAUAGAAAGGGCACGUAUGCACCAUAUUCACUCCUCUCCACUAGAGAGCCAUUUGGCACAUAUGCCCUCCUUUAUGCCUCAUUUGAGCAGUGUACCCUAUCCUAGACUGAGUCCUUCAAGCGCCAUGCACAAUGGGAUCCUUAACCGGACCCCACCCACAGCAGCACUAAGCGCACCUCCACCCUUGGUGCCUGCCAGUAACACAAGACCCGCCUCUCCCCGAAGGACUAAUCCCCUCACAAGUUCAGAAACACGGGACUUCUCACCCUCCAGAAACCCUAAAGAGGUUGAGGCCCGAUAGUCUGCUCCUUAGGAAAGGAAACAAAUAAGGACCCACAGGAAUCAAAUACCAUGAAUUUUAAACUUGUAUAUAAAAUCUUUUACGAAAAAUGCACUGCUCAAAACCUUCUCUUUUCUUCUCCUGUUUUUGUAAAUGUAUAUUUGUAGGCUAAGCACACUUUUUUUUUUUCCAUUUAGCCAGGGUGGACAGUUCAGGGGUGAUAAAUGUUCCAACCUGGAAACCUAGAGUUCCACUCUAAAGGUCUCUGGUCAUGUGACUCUUUUUUUUGACUUGGGAGGCUCAGUAGCUUGUGGGACGGGUUUAGCAAGGGGAGGGACUUUUUAAAUGGAUUUUUGUAGUUUUUACAGUAUUUUGUUUUUCGCUACGGUGUUCCUAGUCUCCUCUGAAGUGAAAAAAAACAUACAAAAAAAAUUCUUUAAUUUUAUAUUAGUUGCAUUUUGCCUCCGGUGAGGGAAAAAAAUAAGUAAAUCUGUUCUUUCCAUUAAAUUACACAAGGGGUUUCCCCCCUUCAUUACAGGAGGUGUUCUUAAAACACAGCAUUGCAUAUUUAUACCUAUCUGUUGAAAGCACCUCCAGCACUGAAGGGUCAUAAUAAAUUACUAUGGUUUAUUCUACAGCUAACAGAUCAACAAUCUUCGUAUGAUUUUGAACAGAAAUCACAGAUCUAUUAUUAAAAUAAUAAGAUUAAUGUACAAAACAGUUGCUUUUUUGCCUUAUUUUAUCAUAAAUUUUAGUGUUACCUUUGCAGUUUUUAUGGAAAGAAAAAAAAUUCAAAGAUUUUUGCAGGAUUGUAUAUAUUCAUUUGCUAUGUUACAACGCCUCAUAUGAAUUGGAUCCACCGCAGACUUUGUGACAACCACACAUGAACAGAAUGCACGGAUUUCAAGGAUCACACUCGCAGCUUCAUUAUUUACACCUCGUCAUCUUACUAUGCAAUCAGUGUGAGGCGGGUCCUGGAAGAGGGAAUUCUACUAUAUCUUCAAAUUCUGCCCUUCUAACCCCCCCAAACCCUGGCCAUCAAACUCCCUCCACCACUUUCAAAAAAAAUAUCAAGGGCACUUGUUGACUUGGAACACUGGAAGAACCAAAAUGCAUCAAGAUCAGUUGGUGGUUCUGAUGGAGUGGGCAGUAAAAGAACUAAAGCUACAUCUUCCCUUGCCUUCAUUAUUGGAAAGGUGGCAGGUAGCUUCCACCUCUAAUUGUUGCCUCAAUCAGGCCAGCAAAUGGACCUAAUUUAUUUUCCUGUGAACCCUUUGUGCUUUAAACUUGUGCAGUGUUCUCAUUGAAAUCUGUAUACAAGAGCGUAGAAUCUUAGGAGUGCACAAAAGUAUAUAUAUAAAUAUAUCUAUAUAUAUAAAUGGUGGAAAGAAAAAUGUUUAACCAUGAGCAGCAAUCUUUUGGUCCCCUUUAUUUUUUAUUUUCUACAAAUAUGAUCCUGCAGUUUGGAUACGUUGUCUCUCUUUUUACUCUUUGAACAUACCAGUUUUUAAGGUUUAUUACAUAUUCAGUCUCCUUUACCACAUGAAGAAUAGUAGUAUUGCUACUCAAAGAAUAUGCAGAUGUAAUGCUAAUUAAGUUAUUACGUUAAUUAUUAUAAAUUAUUAAGAAUUUAAUGGUAAGUGGAUUUCCACAGUCAAUACUAAUCCACAUAGGGGGUUCCACUAGUCAACGCCAAAUCAAGACUUUAAAUUUUAUGUUCACUUCUGGUUAACCUAUGUUUAUAUAGUACAGAAUUGCACGAAGAGGAACAACAUCUUAUGACACCCAUUAUCAGAAUCUCUCUACAAGAGUGAUUUCCCCUUUAGUAAAUAAGGGAACCAUUCCUGUUGACCCAUCGGCAGACAGCCACUCCAAUUUAUAUUGCACACGCUAUAAGUAGAGAAUAUCUUUCUUUGGGGGAACUCUACUUUUACCAUAGUGUUUGGUGCAUCUGCAUUUGACUUAAAGGGACACUUCCAUUAAAAAUAAUUUCACACUAACAAUUAUAUGUAAAUAUUCUAUGUAUUUUUAAUAAAAACAGGUGGAUGGUUUUCUGGAUAUAAUUUUUAAGUCACAUUAUGUAUUCUACUGGCUGUUUAACUACCUCUUCCUUUGGACUUUUACCAAGA